AUGGCGAUAUCGGGGGCAAAGGAUUCAGCGGAGACCCAUGAAUCACAGCUUUGUUUACAGUUGCUAGAUCUUGGGAAGAAGUUACAUUCUCUACCCACAUCUGAAAAUGGAGUUUUGAAAAUCCUUAAGAGUGCGGAAGACUUUUUAAAAACGCUGGAACAAGAGCCUUCACAGGCAAUAUGCGAUGCACUUCGUCUUGCUGAGAAAGGGUUAACAACUGACCGGCUUUUGAAACACAAAAAUAUGGAUAUCAAAGUUUCGUUAAUGUAUUGCCUUCACGAGGUGAUUAGAAUUAAAGCUCCUAAUGCCGAUUACUGUGAUCAUUGCAUGAAGAUAAUAUUUCAGCAAACCAUAGAGAAUGUAUUUGAAAAACUUUCUUUGUUUUCUCAUAGCACUUAUGAGAAGGCAUUGCAAAUUCUCCGGACAGUUGCCAAGGUGAAAUCUAGUUUGAUUUUGUUUGAUAUUGAGAGUAACGCAUUGAUUGUGCAGAUGUUCCAUGUCUUCCUUGAUUCCAUUGAACACAACCAUACAGAUGAUGUGUUUUCAAACAUGGAGGCAAUCAUGACUUGCUUGAUUCAAGAAGGUGAUAACUUCCCACUAGAUCUUGUGAAGCCUCUUUUCAAUGCAGUAAAUAACGAGAACCAGGGUAUCCCAGUCGCAACCCGGCGAUUAGCAAUACAAGUGCUGAAAAAUUGCUCUGACAAGGUGAAACCGUACCUCAUUGAACAAGUGGAACAAGCAAGGAAAACAUACGAUGCUUUUAACAAUAUACUUGCUUCCAUUCAGCCUGAAUCACCUGCUGAGGAAAAUGUUAUGAUAGAGGGAGAAAAUGAUGAUGCCCCUUGUCAUGAGACAGUGCUGGAGACCGUUUACAAAUCCACGCCGAGAGACAUCUGUAAAAGUCCAUCAAUCAAGGCUUCAAUGAAGUUAAUGCUAAUAAAGCAUGCUUCACGGCCUUUAAUCAACCAUGAAGAUAUUGAAAUGCUGCAAACGAAUGAUGCAUUAAGAAGUGAAGAUGGAUCAAGCGCAGAAGCGUUUGGAGCGGUUGUUGCUGGUGGAAAUGAGAACAGCUCAAAUGCACUCCAAUAUGAGGAUGAUGAUUCCUUGGAAAUUGUUGGAGAAGAACAAGUUCAGCCUGAUAAUUUUCAGGGGUGCUUGACUUUUGGCCCGCAAAUGUCUUUCACGGAGACAGUUCGUCUGAAAUUAUACUGGAAUACUACUUAUACAACUGAACCUGAUGGGACUAUCACGGUGCAAUGGGAUGCGCCGGACGGUUAUCUUAUCAUUGAUCGUAUGUUAGAUUUCUCGGAACUUGUUGAUAAGGUAUUAAGUGUGAUCGGAGUUGAUAGAGAAGGGCUUUAUAUUGAUUUUUCUUUGGUAUGGACGGAGAGGUCAGGAAAAAGUGAUGAUGAGUACGUCCCAUCGGAUGAGGACUCAGAUGACGACACUGAUUUUGAGUCAUCUUCUUCAGUCCCAUAUGUUUUCGACGACAUAAGUGGAUGGGACAAGACUUUAGAGGAAGUAGAAAACGAUGGAAUUAAAAUGUGGGAUGGCAAUCCGUUGACGCUAGGCCUUGAUAUACAUUUCGCCAACAAGCCCGAGGCACAAGCGGCGAUGGGAGAAUGGAACUUGGUACAUGGUCGGACUUUCCGGCGCGAGUUUCGCUGCGAGAAGGCCACCGAUACUUGGAAAAUGGUGGUAUGGUCCGAUUCCCACAACUGUCUUGGGGCAAACAAGAGAAACGAGUCCCGAAAUGUCACGUCUUCUAUGAUUGCUAGACUGGUUGCCCAAAAUGUGCGAAAACAUCCAGAUUUUGCAGUUGCCCAAAUUCAAAUAGAAGUGAUGAAGAGGUACCAAGUCGAAUGUAGCUACAAGAAGGCAUGGCAUGGUAGAAGAAAAGCACUUGAGGCUCUGUAUGACUGUUCGCCUCCUACUCCAAUGAAACUGUAUGAAGAGGCCCGGAAGAAAUCGUUGAGGCAAAAGGUCAACCGGUUUAGCAAGAGAAACCAGAAGUACGAAGUGGUUACAAUAGCACCUGAUAAUCAACCAUGGAAGGCUGACGAGAAGCAAGUUGUGUUGUAUGCAAAUCGAGAGUGCACUUGCGGAAGGUGGCAGACUUUCAGAUUUCCUUGUUCCCAUGCACUUCGAGUUGCCCGUGAGCUAGGUGACGAUCCCUUCCCACUUUUUGAUCCAUGUUACACUACGCAUCAAUGGUACCAACAGUUUUCGGAGAAUUCAACCCAAUCAUGGAACCAUGGCCAAAGGCAACGUGGCGGAUCGUGCCGAGAUGACACUAAACUUGUCCACCAUGCUGGCCGAGGUCGGAAGCGUGUGAAUCGGAAAAAGCUCUGGGCCUGGGAGCGGAUUUUGACGGUUCAGCCCAAGAUACUGGGUAGGGAUCUCGAUCUAUCUGAUUGUCCAUUGGGCACGAGGUGGUCCCGCGAGAAAAAAGUUCAAGGUAUCACGCGGUUCAAUUUGGCCGCGUAUCGGGAUCAGCUUGCAGUUCUCGCAGAGUCUGAUGCCACAUUGAUGGAGGAUGUUCGUAGUCCGAGUAUUAUAGGCCAGCGUACUUUCGACGCGGACUCCUUUGGUUAUGAUCGCUUAGGCGAGAUUGCCCAGUUGCUUGAGCGGGCGUUGUCCGUCAAUGCAACAAAUGUUGUACGGCACGAUCUCGAUAGGCAUGUUGAGGUCUCGGCGUGGGCGUGGGGGCAGAGACAAUCACAACAUCUCAGCCACAUCAGUCCUCCCAAGAUGAGCGGUCUCAUAUUCCCUUCACCGGCGGUUCAUCCCAUCGGUCUCCACAUCGAUCUCCACUCCAUUCUCGACAAGAUUCAGCCCAUCGGUCUCACAUCAUUCAUCCCAUCAGUCUCCACAUCAUUCUUCGCCGACCCAUCGUGCGUUUUACCGUCCGAUUAUGUCUCCCAAAGACCAAGCAAUCAAUUUUUCCUUCACUCGUUUUCCUCCCUCGGACUUCUCGUCGUCGUUUGGAGAUUCUUUUAUUGA